AAAUGAAAAUGAAAAAAAAAAAAAUAUUGAAACGUACAUAUAUGUAAAAUAAAUAUGAAGCAAAAUGUUUUUCAUAAUUUAUUACACUUAUUUUUUUCGUUCAACCGAGAUUCCCUCAACCGAUCAGUUGGAAGUUCUUAGUUUAGUCGGGGCCACAGAAGAAGAAUCGAAACUUUGGCAGCAGACGACGCUCUACACCAGGGGAGUGGAGAACUCGAGAAUUGAGAAUCCUAUAACCAAGCGCAUAACCAAAAAGUGAAUAAAAAAUAAAGAUGAAACCAAUAUGCAUCUUAGUUUAAGUACGAUUCAACAGUGUGUUGUAUAAAGCUUUAAUCCUCGUAACCACAUCUAGUAAAAAUAAAGUAAUUAAACCAUUUUUAUGAUUAUAACCAAUGGAUUAGCUUUUAAAAAGCUUCAAUAAGUCAAUGUGUAUUUUAAAAGUUGCAGUUUAGCAGAGCCUAGAUGAGAGAGACCCCAUUGGAAUGGAUAAAGAGAUAUGGUUUAGGUUCUUGAUGCGAAUAUCAAAUUCACAGCCCCUUUGGCUUGGCAUCCAAUUUUGUUGGUAGCUCCGAUUUCGUAUAUCCAUUACGCAUUAUUAUAGACAUUCACACACUGACAUAUAUAUAGUUUUCCGUCCAAUGAAUUGCAUCAGCAGCGAGCAGACAAAGUCUCCCCUUUAGUUUGUUCAUAUUUUCCCGUUUGGUUUCUUCUAAAUCUUCUUCCAUCUUAAAAAUACAAACAUUUUUCGGCGGUUUCAAUGAUAGAAUUUCCCUUUUUUGCAGCACUUUUUAAUUUAAAUUGAAUUUCAGUUUUAUUUCUUAGCAUUUUGUGCCUUUCCACCUAUCAUUAAUCACAUCAAAUAUAUAGGACAGGCUACAGUAGGCACCCCUAUGGAAGUCUGUUAGAAAACCCUCCCAAAAAAAAACAUUUAAAUUAUCAGCAUGUGUGUAUUUGCCAGAUUGUUGUGUUUUGGGUUGAAAGAUUGGUUCCUUAUUUUUAUGAUAUAUACGCACCGAUAGUCAGACAGUUGUAAUGUAAAUAUUUGGAAAAUAAAUCGAGCGGGGUUAUUUGAAGAUUUGAAAAACCUCCCGAGUUAUAUAUACAACAUAAUCGAGCAUAUAUGUAUGUAACUAUACAUUAAACUCAAUAAGGAACUAUAAUAAUAAAAAUGAGAAUUUGAUAUAAAUCAUUAAUGUAUGUAUUUUGUAUUUUUAUAUACAAUUUAUAAUUUUGAUUACACUUACAAUUGUUACGAUUAAUAACUAAAAUUACAUGAUAAAAAAUAAUACAGAAGAAUCUACUAGAUAUGUAUUUCCAAAAAAACAAAAAACAAAAAAACCAAAAUAUAGAGAAACCAAGUACAUAAUACACAAAUCCGAUGAUUGCUAAAGGAAUUUCAAAAUAUUGUAAGGAAUUAAGAUUAAAAAAAACAAAAACCAAAAAAAACAAAAGAAAUUUUCUAAGCAACAAAAACUCAACCAGAACUGCAAGCAAAGGGGACAACAAUUUAAAUGGGAAAAAUUUAUGUAUUUGUGUAAAUGUAGAGCGGAUGGAUGGUAUAUAGGAUGAUGAAUAUGAUCCUUAGGGCCACCAAUUUUCAGAUUGAUGAAAACCAUAUUUAGGCGUGGCAUUCGGUGGCUAGUUUUUACUUUAACUAUGUAUGUAAAUGAAAGAAUGACCACAUUCCACAUAAGAAAGCUUGAAAAGCAAAAAACUAUUACAAAAAAAAAACCACAAAUCCCAAAAAAUUCAAAUCACCCCCUUGACGUUGACAAAAAUGAAAAAAGGAAAUUAAAAACUACAUUCUUGAUAAAAAGAAUGUCUAGCCGAAUGUUUCGGUUAAAAAAAAAAUAAUAUAAUAUAAACUCAGCAUCGGGAUAAGCAGUAAGAAAUAUUAGUUGUGAGUUCGGCAUGUGGCAUUUGAUCGAUCGAUCGAUCGAUCGAUUGGGCGAUAUUAGGGAGAAAUAUUCGUACGAGUCGUGUUUCUCCAUUGCACAUCUAAGCAUAUACAUACGUGUAAAUCAGAAGAAGCUAAAUGAAACAUCCAAUGGAACUGCUUAGCCUAGGAUUAAGGCAAAAACCACACACAGACCCAAAACCCACUCCCCAAAAAAGAAAAACCAUAAAAUGAAAAACACAAAAAAAGAAAAACCGGAGACAAGUCCAACAUGUCCAUGGGCCGACUAUUGAUAAACUGUAGCAUUUGAAUUGAUUGAUAUUGGACGGACGGGGUUUUCCUGGGUGUCUAUACAUUUGUCAUACAAAUCAUAUUGAAGACGGAGAUUGUAUGCGUGGCAAUUGUAACUAAACAAAUUUUUUAGAUAAUUAAAAGUAUCUAUGUACACCUUAAUAUUAAUGAAAAAACCAAUAUAAUAUAAAUAAAAGUAUAUUGAAAAGAAAGUUCAAUUGCAUUUUUUAUUUUGGCUUAAAAACUAAACUUUCUUUCUCACUUGGUUUAGAAACUUUAAGUAAGGAACAUAAAUUUUGCAAAAAUAUUUUUUUAUUUCGAUGGACCUUGGUGGAUUGGAUACCAAAUCCCAGAUAUUCCCUUGGGACGUUUUCAGCUACAUUGCCUCCAAGGGAGCACUUUCCCUACCUUAUCAAGAGAAUUAUUUAAAUUGUGAGUACCUCAAGUUGAAAAACUCUCUUAAAAAACAUAGUUGUAUUCAAGGCUCUGAGUUUAGUUUGAAAAUAAAAUCAACUCAGCACAGUUCUUGGCAAUUCAUGUACGAGUUUGGUUGUGGUUUUCGGAGUGCGAUAUGGAAAAAGUGGAAAUAAAUACAAUGAUUGAUUUAUAAAUGGCAAAAUACUGAUUAGAAAAAUAUAAGAUUUUGGAAUAUGUUACCUUGAAGAGUCGAAAUACGGUGUCUAUAUUUUAUAUAUUAUUUUUUAAAAUAAAAUUUGGUUAGCAUGAACUGCUGCCAGUCAAGGGAAGCAAGGGAAAAUAGGCGCACUAAUGAGGAAAUCGAUAGGCAGUUGCGCCUGGAGAGAAAAAGGGCACAACGAGAUCUCAAACUUUUGCUUUUGGGACCGGGAGAGUCAGGAAAGUCGACGUUUAUCAAGCAGAUGCGUAUUAUUCACGGUAGUGGCUACUCGGACGAGGAUAAGCGUGGGUACAUCAAGAUGGUUUUCCAGAACAUAUUCAUGGCCAUGCAGUCAAUGAUCAAGGCCAUGGACGCGUUGAGCAUUUCCUACGAUCAGGAGGAUCAUGGUAAACUAGCCGAGUUGGUGAUGAGCAUUGAUUAUGAUAAAGUUACCGACUUGAAGGAUCCAUACUUGAGUGGCAUCAAAACUCUUUGGCAGGAUACUGGAAUCCAGGAGUGUUAUAGUCGUCGUAGGGAAUACCAAUUAACCGAUUCAGCAAAAUACUUCUUAAGUAGCUUGACUCGAAUUGAACAGGCUAAAUAUUUGCCCACUGAGCAGGAUAUUCUUCGAGUUCGAGAGCCGACAGUUAAUAUUCACGUGUAUCGAUUUCUAUUGGAUGACUUUAUGAUGAGUAUGGUGGACGUCGCAGGUCAGCGAUCCGAGAGAAGAAAGUGGAUUCAUUGCUUUUCGAAUGUGACUUCCAUUAUAUUUUUAGCCGCUCUUUCGGAAUAUGAUCAGGUCUUGAUGGAAUCUGAGAAGGAAAAUCGCAUGAAGGAAUCCAUAGCUUUAUUUCAUACUAUUUUGGAAUUCGAAUGGUUUCAAAGUGCAUCGAUUAUUCUUUUUCUAAACAAAAUUGACGUUUUUGAGGAGAAAAUAAUGGAUUCGCAUUUGGCAGAUUAUUUUCCGGAAUACAAUGGUCCACAGCAAGAUGCAGAAACGGCCAAAGAUUUUAUCCUGCACAUGUUUGAGGCUGUAAAUCCAGAUCCCGAUAAAAAGAUCUAUAUCCAUUUUACCUGUGCCACAGAUACGGAAAAUAUAAGAUUUGUGUUUGCGGCUGUUAAAGACACAAUUCUGCAAUGCCACCUUAAGGAAAAUAAUUUGUUCUAAAUUAGAAUUGGAAUGGGAUUGUGUAAUUUAUAUAAAAUCUCCUAAAGAGCUAUUAAAAUAAUACUUGACAUCAAACUAUAGCUAUAACUAUAAAAAACUUAGCAAAUCAAUAUCUUUCUAACACCUUUUAGAAUCAUUCGGCAGUUUUUAAACACUAAAAGUUAAAAUAAGUAAAAAUUCCUCUUUUUUAGUAAGUAAAUGAAUUAACAAAUUUAUAAAACAAAUGUUAUUUGUAAAAGCGUAAAUAAAUAUAUAAAUUAAAUUCAAGCAAGAAUAUACAAUUUUUUUUAUUUCGAAAAAUUUCAUUUAGGAAAUAAAUGCGGGGUUGGAUAAUGAUUUUCUGGACACUCAAUUAU